AUGGCAGAAAAUGACAACGAUCAAAAACUCCCAGCUAAAGCAACUGAUGACGAUAUUCGUAAAGCAUUAGAUAAUGAAGAAAGUCAAAAUGAAAAUGACCCAAAGACAUUUGUUUAUUUAAAAUCAUCUUCAAUUAUAUCAAUUUUAAUUAUUGUUAUUAUUUCACUUAUUUGUAUGUUAACAACAAUUUUACUUAUUAAAACUGUUUUAUAUUCACGUGGUUUUACAAGUCGAUUAUCAAUUUAUUUUGGUUUUACAUCAAAUCAUACUAUCAAUGAAUCAACAUUAACAUUUUGGACGCCAAAAAGUAUCUAUGACGAACAACCAAUCGAAACAAUUGCUAUCAUUAUUAGUAACUCUUCAUCUCCUUAUUCGUCUCCGCCUUCUCAUUCUUCUACAGUUCUCUUAAGUGAUACUGAAAAAAAAGCGCAAAUUAUUUUCCGAAAUAUAAUUCUUCCAUCACUAUUUUUUAUAUCAAUUCCUUGUGGUAUACUAGCUUUUUAUAUGCGUCGUUAUCCUAAUCAUUAUCCAGCAUGGGGUGCUCGACCAAAAAGAAAAACUGAAAAAUAUAUAACUAUAGAACUAAAAUAA